AUGGAUGAUAACAGGAAAUCGGAUGGGCAAGGCGAAAGAAAGACGGCCCUAAUGGAAAGUCCGUGGUUUAAGGAAGCUUACAAUUCAGCACUGAAGUUUUAUGAAAAAGACAGCGCUCUGGACUCGAAAGAUAGAUUAGAGCUCUCUAGGACAUUUGUUUCGAUUGCAAGGGCCGAGUUGUGGGGUGGCUGGGCUGCUUUUGCUCUUGUUUUCGGCGCCCCUUUCGGCUACAGGCUUUAUAAGACCGGCGCGGUCAGGGGAGUCAAAGUACCUCGAAACUUUGUUCUCGGGCUCUUCGCGAUGUUCACCACAACUCAGGCAUGCGGAAGAUAUGCAUUUAAUUCUAAGCUGGCUCAACUACAAAACGAUGGGAACUUCACACCACGCGGAUCAUUCGGAGACGACGAUGACCAAUCUCGCCCAGAAACAAACCAGCAGCGCCAAUACGAGAUGAUGAAGCUAGUCGGAUACGGAAUGGCUCCAAAGUGGGGCAACUACUUCUAUACCACAUUUCACAACCCGGAGAAGCGGCUGCCAAAUCCUAAGGUCAAACUUCAGGAAAUGAAAGAAGGCAAAACUUCAAACAUCUCCCCCAUCCUGAACCAGCGGGACCCCUUGGGGCUCUAUACGGGGCCCGGGUCGGAAAAGAAAAGGGGCAUCCCGCAAGGCAAUGGUGAGCAGUCCGGAGCAACAUCUAGCACAUCAGAUAAGGACGGGGUUGAGACUGGUACAACGACGGGCUCUUCUUGGGACAGGUUGCGUCAAGAGAACGGCAUCACUACCAAAUCCCCAGGCGGAAGAUGGUCCCAAAUUAGGAAGGCGCCUAGCGACGGCUCAGAUAUCUUUGGAUCCUCGCAACCAUCACAAUCCUCACAGUUUUCUGAACAGCCUACCGAUGACUCUCAAGGAGCCGAGGGUGCUCAGGAAGACUUUGACGCCCUGCUUGAAAAGGAAAGGCGUGGUGAGGAUACCGUCUAA